CCUAAUUUCCUUACCUUAGUCGUUUUUAGGGUUCAUUCUAAAAAAAACACGCCGACACCAUAGCCUCUCUUUUUCUCGUCUCUCUCCCUUCUCAAACGAGGCAUCGUUUAUUCAAUCGAUGCUUCAAUCGCUCCCGUUGCCGAUCGUUCUGUUCAAUCGAAGGUUCAAUCAGUAGGCUCAAUCGAUCGUUUUGUUCCCGUUACCGAUCGUUCGUUCAGCCAAUCGUUCAAUCAGUAAGCUUCAAUCGACACUCUCCGUUGCCAACACCGAGCGAUCUAACAGAUUGGGGUUGCGAAAUGGCCAUACACUCGGUUGAACUGAAACAGGGCCAAACGGGGCUCUGUAAUAUUAUUUUUUUUCUUUUUUCAAACGUUGAUACAUCGAUUUUGGUUCACAGGUUUAUAUGUUCAAUGUCCAUCUGUCUCCCUCACGAAUCAAGCUGGUGUGAAGGAAUACCGUGUUAGAAUUUCGAUUCAGUAAGUACAUCAACCUCAAGUUUCAACUCAUUUCAACCUCAAGUUCACAGACAAGCAACGUUCCCUUUCAAUUUCUACCAUCAAAAUCACGCACAGUUCGACUCUAAAUCACAAAUCGACUCGAAAAUAUGUCGGAGAAAUUCUCGGCCACACUAAGGAUCGGCGACCUUAAUGAUUUCAUCGCACCGUCACAGGGCUGUGUUGUUUCUAUGAAGUCCGGUUCCGCUAGGCUCGUUGAUAAGCCAAAGAAGCUGGUAAAAACAACACCUGUUAAAGAGACUCUUGAAACAGAUCCAGUAAAAAUAUCACUCAAGGAUUGCUUAGCAUGCAGUGGGUGUAUUACUUCUGCAGAGACUGUUAUGUUAGAGAAGCAAAGCUUGGAUGAGUUUCUAUCCAAUAUAAACAAUGGCAAAACUGUUAUUGUCUCUCUUUCACCUCAGUCAAGGGCUUCCAUUGCUGUGCAUUAUGGUCUUUCUCCACUUCAGGUUUUCAAGAAACUGACCACACUUUUCAAAACUUUGGGGGUUAAAGCUGUAUUUGAUACAAGUUGUAGUAGAGAUUUGUCUCUUAUUGAAUCUUGUAACGAAUUCAUAUCACGUUAUAAACAAAGCAAUUCAGAUGAUAAGGAAUCUUCUAGAUCGUUUCUACCCAUGAUAUCCUCUGCAUGUCCAGGGUGGAUAUGCUAUGCUGAAAAAACACUUGGUUCGUAUGUUUUGCCAUAUAUUUCUUCAGUGAAGAGUCCUCAACAAUCCAUUGGAGCUAUCAUUAAGCACCAUCUAUGCCACAAGCUAGGCGUUAGGGCAAGUGAGAUUUAUCAUGUGACAGUGAUGCCUUGUUAUGACAAAAAGCUGGAGGCUUCAAGAGAUGAUUUUGUUUUUCAUGAUGAAUCUGGUGAAAUGACUACAGAGGUAGAUUCCGUUUUGACAACUGGAGAGGUUUUAGAUUUAAUACAGACAAACGCAGCAGUAGAUUUCAUGAAUUUGGAUGAAUCCCCUGUUGAUAAAUUGUUAUCAAAUGUGAGUGAAGAAGAGAAUCUUUUUGGGGUUAGAGGAAGCUCAGGAGGAUAUGCAGAUACAAUCUUUCGUUAUGCUGCAAAGACACUUUUUGAUCAGGAUCUCAAAGGCCCUUUGGAUUUUAAAACCAUUAGAAAUUCUGACUUUCAGGAAGUCAGCUUACAAGUAGAAGGUAAAACAGUAUUGAAGUUUGCAUUGUGUUAUGGAUUCCGAAACUUGCAAAAUGUAGUCAGGAAACUUAAAAUGGGAAAAUGUGAAUAUCACUAUUUGGAGAUCAUGGCAUGCCCUUCAGGGUGCUUAAAUGGAGGUGGGCAGCUGAAGCCAAAAUCAGGACAAUCUGGCAAAGACUUGAUUCAAGCAUUAGAGACCACAUACAUGCAGAAUGUUUUGGUUGCGGAUCCAUUUGAAAACAUGAUGGUGAAGAGGUUAUACGAGUCAUGGCUUGAACAUCCGGGUUCAGAAAAAGCAAAGCAACACAUACACACACAAUAUCAUCCCAUUGUAAAAAGCAUUACUUCUCAGCUCAACAACUGGUGAACAUUAACAACCACUUUGGACUUCUCAUGUCCUUCAACAUUGACUUUUUUUUGCGUUGACUUUAUGCCAACUGGUGAAGAAGUUGCAAUUUUGAAUUUUGAUGGUGGCGAUAAUAAAAAGAUUUGUUCUACAUUCAUACACACAAGAGAAAAAAGGGAUUGGUGUAGGUGUAUUUUUAUAUCUUAUGUAUUUUGUAUAUAUAUAUUAUGUAAUUUUUUUGGAGAACGUGUAUAAUUUUAUCUUAGUUUGUUAAUUCCUUUUGUUUCCAAUGCACUUUAUAGUAAAACACCCUUGUUUGCUUAUAUUAAUGGCGGCCUAAUAAAAAAAAUCAUCAAAAGGGUAGGUAGGGAGGGUUUUGAUAUAAAAGAAU